AUGAUUUCACAAACGGCAGACCGGGAGGAGACCAUCAGCAAGAAGCUGCUGACCUUCUGCGUGCUUUCGGCUGCGUGCACUCUCUUCCUUUUGUUUGGAACCCCGCUUCCUCCAGACGCCGUCAGCGAUGGACCGGCAACCCACAAGCCUACAUACCGCGGUCGAUACGCCAUCAUCACAUUUCUAGCUUCACACGAUGACGGAACACACCCCGUUGGGGAUGAGCAAGACCCAUACUUUGCGAGCGCGCGGACCCUCGUGUAUCAGCUACUUCACUCGCCCAACACCAAGCUACGAUACAAAAUCCCCGUCAUCGUAGCUGUCACACCCGACGUUCGCGAGAGCAAACGCCGGAGACUGAGAGCUGAUGGAGCCACCGUCAUCGAGACCCAGUAUAUGGCACAAAACGCGGCCGCGUCUAAUGACACCUGGACCGAGACGGCAACCAAGCUGCGCCUCUUCGAUCCCACCAUCAUACCCUACGAGAAGGUCCUGUUUAUGGAGGCCGACAUGGUUCUGACCCGACCCAUCCAUGACAUCUUCGGGGAUCUGAAUACAGAGCCCAUUCUAGUCAACGACACAACCAAGGCCAGCGCAGAGCUGGGGACCAUCCCAGAGAGAUACCUCAUGGCUGCAUCUCCCGAAUCGCUUCAAAGAGACCAUGCAUACCCGUUCCUGGAUCCCGACCAAACAGUAAAAUACUUCAACAGCGGCUUGUUUAUGUAUUCACCUACAACAGAGGUCUUCCAAUACUACAAGAGCCUUCUGAGCCAACCUGAACUCUACGACACCGGUGCUCCGGACCAGGACCUCAUCAACUAUGCUCACCGUUGGGGAGGACCUAUGCCAUGGAAACGACUGCAUGCGUCGUGGUAUAUCAACUGGCCCAACAAUAAUGAUUUGGCGGGGGACAUGGCCUUGUUGCACUAUAAGUGGUGGGCGCAGGAGACGUCUUCCAAUAAAUUGGUGGAAAGAUUUGCUCGUGCGUGUCGGUGGGAGAUGGAGGGAUAUUGGAUAGGGAGGAAUGCCUAG